AUGGCUGACUAUAUUGACUUGUUCGCCGUUAUUUAUAACGCACUACUUCCUGCCCUCAUCGCCUCCAUUGGUUUCAAUCUUUGGUUCUAUAGAUCUCGCGCAGCAUCCCACCCGCACACCGACGACAGACAUCCCGCCACGCAGCCGACGCAGCUCCCAUCGGGAUGGUGGAAUGAUGAAUCCCGAUUCCAAGCCGAAAAGAGAGCUAUAUUCAGCCAGACAUGGAUCUGCGUCAGCCACCGCGGCCGCUUCGUGAAGCCGGGCGACUAUUUCUCGACAGAGAUCGCGGGCUUCCGUAUCUUCCUGAUUCUCGGAAAGGACGGGCGGGUUCGCGCCUUUCACAACGUCUGUCGCCAUCGGGCCUAUCCGGUCACGAAGAAGGCCGAAGGGUCGGCGAUGGUUCUGGGCUGUGGGUAUCAUGGCUGGAGCUACAAUACAACGGGGGCGCUCACGAAGGCGCCGCUCUUUGACAAAGUUCCAGGUUUCAAGAAGGAGGAGAAUAAUCUCUUUGAAAUUCACACCAGGACUGACGACGCGGGAUUCGUGCAUAUCAACUUUGAUCGAAGGAAGGGAGCUGUGACAGGUGGCAGUGCCAUCGUCCCGCGUGCGACAAAGAUCGGCCAGCCUGUUAUGAUCUACCAGACUUCGCAGUUUCUUCACAGCUGGGUGAUUCAGCGGGACUUCAACUGGAAGGUCAUGGUGGCCAACAGCGAAAACCGUAUUGUUCGCGCGGAUUCAUCUUUUAUAGAGACAGGCAUCGUUGCAAAUACCCAGGCACUGCCGGAACUUGAACUGAACCAUAUGAGUCAGAUCAAAUUCGGCUACUUGACAUCAAUCUAUACGAGGCGUGGUUCUCCGUUCUGGUUCUUGGUGACGUAUUCGCCCGACUCCGUCGGGAAGACGACGCUGCGAUGCGAGGCGUACUCGGUCAAGAGACAGGGUACCCCGCUGGACGAGAAGAUCCAGGAGACCUGGGAUGAGCAACUGCGGUUGAAACUGCAGGACUUCGAAGGAAUCUACAGGAAGGCAUGCCGGGAUGGUUCGCAUUCGAAAUAUAAUAUUUAUGGCCAGAAGCUUAUUGCUGAAAAUGUGGAUUCCCACCUGAAGCAGGAGACAGCAGAAGGUAUAGAGAACAAGCCCGCUGCGAUACAGUUGGAGAACACUGAACUCUCAGAGGCAGAAAGGCGUGGGUUACUCUACACUGUGGAAAACAAGUACAACGCUAAUCGGUUUACAGUAUGCCAGGCAGUAGAAUGUGCUGCUGCUGGAGGCAAGCUAGACUGGUGA